GAGAGUCAUCAAUUAUGCAGGGUAGCCGCACGCACUGGGAAGGAAGAUAGCAGCAACAAUAUGGCGACAGCCGCAUUUACUCCCGGCUCUUUCCCACAUCUGCAGUUCGGUGACAGCUGUCUGGAUUUCUGUUAAUGCGAGAAAAAAUUUGUCCCAGCUUUACCUGUGAGUGCACACGAACUGCUGGUCAUGCUAUUGCAUCCUGGUUUGAAUCACCUUGACGGAUCAAUUGAUGUAGCGUUGGUGGAAGGAGACUUGGAGGUUGUGCCGUGGUUGGGUUACUUAAAUCGGACUUCGUUCCCCUUCUUUUUCUCCAACAUACUCAGAUACCGGGUUGCCGGAUCUCUCUCUGCCUGUGGAUUGCUUUUGAGUUCUUUUUUGAUUUAUACGCAGAGCUGGAUGUCUGGGAUGGAAAACAAAUAAAGAGGAAAUAGCUGCAGGAUGAAAACAUGGCCGCACCCCUUCUUGCACCCCCAGGACCUGACAGCUUCAAGAAAUUUACCCCGGAGUCACUCGCUAAUAUCGAGAAACGCAUCAACGAAGAGAAGAACAAGAAGCCGCCCAAGCCAAGAUCAGACAGCAGUCACCGCGACACAUCCGAUGAAAAUGAGCCCAAGCCCAACAGUGACCUGGAGGCUGGGAAGAGCCUGCCGUUCAUCUACGGCGAUAUCCCUGAUGGAAUGGUGGCCACACCACUGGAGGAUUUGGACCCGUUCUACCUAAAUCAGAAAACGUUUAUAGUCUUAAACAAGGGGAAAACACUCUUCCGCUUCAGUGCCACGCCCUCCUUGUACAUCAUAAGUCCUUUUAAUCUAUUUAGGCGAAUAGCUAUUAAAAUUUUGAUACAUUCGCUAUUCAGCAUGAUCAUCAUGUGUACGAUUUUGACCAACUGCAUAUUCAUGACAUUCAGUGAUCCCCCGGAGUGGUCCAAGCAAGUGGAGUAUACCUUUACAGGUAUCUAUACGUUUGAGUCACUCACAAAAAUUGUUGCCCGAGGUUUUGCCAUCGACGGGUUCACUUUUCUCAGAGACCCUUGGAACUGGCUGGACUUCAUGGUCAUUUCAAUGGCAUAUAUAACAGAGUUUGUGGACCUUGGGAAUGUCUCGGCGCUGAGAACGUUCAGGGUUCUCCGAGCACUGAAAACUGUUGCUGUCAUUCCAGGCCUGAAGACCAUUGUGGGCGCUCUAAUCCAGUCUGUGAAGAAGCUGUCGGACGUGAUGAUCCUGACCGUCUUCUGUCUCAGUGUCUUCGCUCUGAUUGGACUGCAGCUGUUCAUGGGGAACCUGCGGAAUAAAUGCGUGAUCUGGCCGAUCAACAUGACGGCUCUGUACCCGAAUGGCAGCCGGGCUUUUGACUGGGGUGAAUACAUCAUGAACACCUCUAAUUUCUACUUCCUCCCUGGUCAGCUUGAUGCUCUGCUAUGUGGAAAUAGUUCUGACUCAGGACGAUGUCCAGAGGGUUUUACAUGUAUGAAAGCUGGAAGGAACCCGAACUACGGUUAUACCAGCUUUGAUAGCUUUGGAUGGGCUUUCCUCACCCUCUUUCGUCUCAUGACCCAAGACUUCUGGGAAAAUCUCUACAUGCUGACUCUUCGAGCUGCAGGGAAGACGUACAUGAUCUUCUUUGUGUUGGUCAUCUUUGUGGGCUCCUUCUACCUGGUGAAUCUGAUCUUGGCUGUGGUGGCCAUGGCCUAUGAGGAGCAGAACCAAGCCACGAUUGAAGAGGCACAGCAGAAAGAGGCAGAAUUCAAAGCCAUGCUCGAACAACUCAAGAAGCAACAGGAAGAGACUCAGGCUGCUGCCAUGGCGACAUCUGCUGGUACUGUGUCAGAGGCUGCGUUAGAAGAUGAAGGUGGGGGGCACUUGUCCCGCAGCUCCUCAGAGGUCUCCAAGCUGAGCUCCAAGAGUGCAAAAGAGCGUCGCAAUCGCAAAAAGAAAUGGCGACAAAAAGAGCAGGAGAAAGAGAAAGGAGACAGUGAGAAGGUGGUUAAGUCCGAGUCAGAUGAUGGCAGCAAGAAAAGCACCAUUCGAUUCCCAGGGAGUCGACUGGGAAGGAAGACGUCCAUUAUGAACCAGUCACUACUCAGCAUCCCAGGCUCACCCUUCAUGUCGCGCCACAACAGCCGCAGUAGCAUCUUCAGCUUCAAAGGCCGUUCCAAGGACAUGGGCUCAGAGAAUGAAUUUGCAGACGACGAGCACAGUACAGUAGAGGAGAGCGAAGACCGUAGAGGAUCCCUGUUUAUACCUUACCGUCGCAACAGCUACAGUGGCAACAGCCAGGGCUCAUCACGCAUCCAUCCGCUGGCACCCCACCCUGGAGGGAAGAGGAACAGCACAGUGGACUGCAAUGGCGUGGUGUCUCUCAUCGGCCCUGGGCCCGGCAGACGGCUUCUGCCUGAGACUACAGACGUUGAGAUUAAGAAGAAGCACUCUGGCUCUCUCAUGGUGUCUGUGGAUCAGCUCAACUCCUCCUUCAAAGGGAAGGAACGUGCCAAUAGUCAAAUGAGUGUAGUCACCAACACUCUGAUAGAGGAAUUGGAGGAGUCUCAAAGAAAGUGUCCUCCCUGCUGGUACAAGUUUUCUAACAUCUUUCUCAUCUGGGAAUGCUGUCCCAUGUGGCUAAAACUCAAGCACAUAGUCUACUUGAUUGUCAUGGACCCCUUUGUUGACCUGGCCAUCACCAUCUGUAUUGUUCUCAACACCCUUUUCAUGGCCAUGGAGCACUACCCAAUGACUCCACAUUUUGAAGAGGUCCUGUCUGUUGGAAACCUGGUUUUCACUGGCAUCUUUGCUGGGGAGAUGUUUGCCAAGCUAAUUGCCAUGGAUCCCUACUAUUACUUCCAGGAAGGCUGGAACUGCUUCGAUGGCUUCAUUGUGACUCUGAGUUUAGUCGAGCUGGGACUGGCUGAUGUGGAAGGCCUGUCAGUGCUCAGGUCUUUCCGAUUGUUGAGAGUGUUUAAAUUGGCCAAAUCAUGGCCAACACUCAACAUGCUGAUCAAGAUCAUUGGCAACUCAGUGGGAGCUCUGGGUAAUCUAACCCUGGUGUUGGCCAUCAUUGUCUUCAUCUUUGCCGUGGUGGGAAUGCAGCUAUUUGGCAAAAGCUACAAGGACUGUGUGUGUAAGAUUGCAGAAAGCUGCGAGCUGCCACGCUGGCACAUGCACGACUUCUUCCACUCCUUCCUAAUUGUGUUCAGAGUGUUGUGUGGGGAAUGGAUUGAGACCAUGUGGGACUGUAUGGAGGUGGCAGGACAGACAAUGUGUCUAACGGUCUUCAUGAUGGUCAUGGUGAUUGGUAACCUAGUGGUCCUGAACCUGUUUCUGGCCCUGCUGCUGAGCUCAUUCAGUGCAGACAACCUUGCUGCCACCGAUGAUGAUGGUGAGCCCAACAACCUCCAGCUCGCGGUUGCUCGCAUUAAGCUGGGGAUUGCCUGGUUCAAGGCAAACAUGCGGGUUUUUGUAGCCACAAUGCUAAAGAAGCAGCCUGUCGAAGAAGAUGAACAGAAGCCUUUGGAUGAAAUGUAUGAGAAGAAGCUCAACUGCAUUGCAAAUCACACAGUGGAUAUCAAUCGAGGACUGGAGUAUGCUAAAAAUGGCAAUGGGACCACCAGCGGAAUUGGGAGCAGUGUGGGAAAGUACAUGAUUGAUGACGACUACAUGUCCUUCAUCCACAACCCAAACCUCACUGUCUGCGUUCCAAUCGCUGUUGGCGAGUCUGACUUUGAAAACCUUAAUACUGAAGAUUUCAGCAGUGAAUCCGAUGUGGAAAACAGCAAAGAUCUGGAUGACACCAGCUCGUCUGAGGGCAGCACAAUAGACAUCAAGCCUGAUGUGGAGGAGGUGGCAGUGGUGGAGGUUGUGGAGGAGUAUCUUGACCCAGAAGCCUGCUGGACAGAUGAGUGUGUGGCCAAAUAUAAGUGCUGUGAUGUUCCCAUUACUCACGGGUGGGGGAAAUACUGGUGGUUCCUGAGGAAGACCUGCUACCUGAUAGUGGAACACAACUGGUUUGAAACCCUGAUCAUCUUCAUGAUCCUGCUCAGCAGUGGGGCCCUGGCCUUUGAGGACGUGUACAUAGAACAGAGGAAGACAGUCCGUACCAUCCUGGAGUAUGCGGAUCGUGUUUUCACCUACAUCUUCAUCCUGGAGAUGUUGCUGAAAUGGGUGGCUUAUGGCUUUGUCAAGUACUUUACAAAUGCCUGGUGUUGGUUGGACUUCUUCAUUGUUGAUGUGUCUAUAGUCACCCUUAUAGCUAAUGCGUUGGGCUACUCCGAUCUAGGCCCGAUUAAAUCACUCAGGACACUGAGGGCCUUGAGACCCCUCAGGGCCCUGUCACGUUUUGAAGGGAUGAGGGUUGUAGUGAAUGCCUUGGUGGGGGCAAUUCCCUCAAUCAUGAAUGUGUUGCUGGUGUGUCUCAUCUUCUGGCUCAUCUUCAGCAUCAUGGGUGUCAAUCUGUUUGCUGGAAAGUAUUACUAUUGUUUCAAUGAGACAGCUGAGGAGUACUUUCUACCGCAUGAGGUGAACAACAAAACAGAGUGCUUCGCACUCAUCAAUGACAACUAUACUGAAGUCAGAUGGAAGAAUGUCAAGAUCAAUUUUGACAACGUAGGCGCGGGAUACCUGGCACUCCUACAAGUGGCAACAUUCAAAGGCUGGAUGGACAUCAUGUAUGCGGCAAUAGAUUCUAGAAAGGUGGAGGAUCAGCCCGUUUAUGAGGACAACUUGUACAUGUACAUCUACUUUGUCAUAUUCAUCAUCUUUGGCUCAUUCUUUACCCUAAACCUCUUCAUUGGUGUCAUCAUUGAUAACUUCAAUCAACAAAAGAAAAAGUUUGGAGGUCAGGAUAUCUUCAUGACAGAAGAGCAGAAGAAGUAUUACAAUGCAAUGAAGAAACUAGGGUCCAAGAAACCACAGAAACCAAUCCCCAGGCCCCAGAACAAAAUCCAGGGCAUGGUGUUUGACUUUGUGACGCAGCAGGUGUUUGACAUCUCCAUCAUGAUACUCAUCUGCCUCAACAUGGUCACUAUGAUGGUGGAGACAGACAAUCAGUCGGAGGACACAGAGAAUGUGCUUUACUGGGUCAACUUUGUCUUCAUUGUUGUCUUCACUGGCGAGUUUUUACUGAAGCUCUUCGCACUACGUCACUAUUACUUCACCAAUGGCUGGAACAUUUUCGAUGUGGUUGUGGUCAUCCUUUCAAUUGUGGGAAUGUUUCUGGCUGACCUGAUUGAGAAAUACUUCGUCUCACCAACACUGUUCAGGGUGAUCCGUCUGGCUCGUAUCGGCAGGAUCCUGCGUCUCAUCAAGGGGGCCAAAGGAAUCAGAACUCUUCUGUUUGCCCUUAUGAUGUCACUUCCUGCCUUGUUCAAUAUUGGCCUCCUUCUUUUCCUGGUUAUGUUCAUUUUCUCCAUCUUUGGAAUGUCUAACUUUGGCUAUGUGAAAUAUGGGGCUGGAAUUGAUGACUUGUACAAUUUUGAAACCUUUGGCAACAGUAUGAUCAUCCUGUUUAUGAUCACCACGUCUGCGGGAUGGGAUGGCCUUCUGCUGCCUAUUCUGAACUACCCUCCGGACUGUGACCCCUACUUGGAGAACCCUGGGACCCCUGUUACAGGAGACUGCGGCAACCCAUCGGUGGGCAUCUUCUUCUUUGUUAUGUACAUCAUCAUUUCUUUCCUGAUUGUAGUCAACAUGUAUAUUGCCAUCAUCCUGGAGAAUUUCAGCGUGGCCACAGAGGAGAGUGCAGACCCACUCAGUGAGGAUGACUUUGAGACCUUUUAUGAAAUUUGGGAGAAGUUUGACCCAGAUGCCUGCCAGUUCAUCACCUAUGCCAAGCUUUCUGACUUUGCAGAUGCACUUGAACACCCACUCCGCGUGCCCAAGCCUAAUACCAUUGAACUGAUUGCAAUGGACAUGCCUAUGGUGAGUGGAGACCGCAUACACUGUCUGGACAUCCUCUUUGCCUUCACCAAGCGUGUGCUGGGUGACAGCGGCGAGUUGGACAUGUUGAGGCAACAAAUGGAGGAGCGUUUUGUGGCUGCCAAUCCUUCCAAGGUCUCUUAUGAGCCUAUCACCACCACUCUGAGACGCAAGCAGGAGGAUGUGUCUGCCAGAAUCAUUCAAAGGGCCUACCGCUCCCAUUUGGCCAGUCGGGGUUUUGUUUGUAAGCGCAAACCAGCCAAUAACAAAGACGAGAAUGGUGGUAACAAUCAGGAACAAGAAAAGAAAGAGGGCACUCCCUCAACUGCCUCCCUGCCUUCUUAUGACAGUGUAACCAAACCUGAGAAGGAGAAACAGGACGACAACAAUGAGGGCAAAGGGGGAAGGAAAGAGAAAGGAAGAAACCAAAAAGACAUCAGGGAAUCCAAAUGUUAGGCCACUGGAUGUAUAUUCACAGUAAUAACAAAAAGAUGAUAUUAAUGCGAGCGGAAACUCACCAACACAGUUGUACAGAUUAUUUCAUUUGCAAGUCAGAAAAAAAAAGUCUUCAGUAAUUUUGUUUACAGACUUCAUUCUUAUAUUGAUGCAGAGAGAAGCAUCUUGGUCUGUUACAGCUUGAAGACUUGAACUUUAGUCAAACCAAACAUAAUCAGCAUACUGUGCGACUCUGUAUCUGGACUACUUAACAAAAAGUCAAUCAAAACAGACUGCGUCCCAUACCGCUCACUUAUGACUGGUCUUACAGAUAAGUCGAGCAAACUCUACACCAAGAGGUGAAAUGGAAAAAACGACAACAAAAAAAUCACGCGUCUGGAUGCAAGGAAUGGUUUUCUUAUGGAAGACAGUACUGUGAAAGACAACAAGGAUGCUGCUCGCUGCUGAAGAAACGCCUUCUUGCAGCAGCCACAGAGUGUUUCUGUGUCGUUUAAUACAGAAAUGUAUAAAGGAACAAAUGGCACACUCACUCUAUGAGCAAACAGAAGGUGAGUGAAAGACACGAAUAACAGUGUGAACUACUUUUUUGUUUUAUUGAGCUAGAAAUUGUUUUCGUUUUGUUUUUUGAGCAGCAAAAAUGCAAACAGAAGAAAAAAAAGAACAAUAUCCAACAAGUUUGCCCAUGUCAAUCAACUCUUCUACUCAUUUUAUCUUUGUUAUAAUCCACAUCGAAAUCCUUUUUUUAACAUGGGCUUUCACACCAAAUUGAGUAAGUGUCUGUUUAUUAUGGAGUCAACUCGGGCCAAGGGCUUAACAUUUACUCAGAAAGAUUUCCAAACAAAUAAUAAGUGUGCUUGUUCAAUGCAUAGAAAUGACUUGCAUGAUGGCAUGUUUUGAUCAGAAAUCUUUGCAUGAAUUAUCAUAGUCCACAAGACACUAAUACUCAGACCACGACGGUGGCUCGACUGUACGAUCAAGACAUGUUCGAAAUUUGAAAGUUCAGAGUAAUUUGUUCCACGAAGAUAAGCGAUGUGGGGAGGGGGGGGGAAGGGGGUUGAUCAGCUUAAAAUGGAUCCAAAUUUUAAUCUCAUUACUCAGCACAUUUCAAAUGACUGUGUUUAAACUUGUUGUCUCUAUAGAUGGAAGAAUGAUAUAUGUCGGGAAAUGAUAGCACCGUCAGUGCAUCAGUGGGUGAAAUAAAAAAUAAAUAAAUAAGUAAAUAGUUGCUGCUUUGGAGAUUUUGAGUGUGUAAGAUUUAGAGAGAGAUAUUUGUGUGUGUCAUGGGACUGAAACGUUUGUUAAUUUGGACAGAAAUACAGUAUUUUCAAGGGCACAGCACUUUGAAAUGAAAAAAAAGGAAGCUUAUAUUUAUAAUUUGUAUGCACCUAUGUAAUGCUCCAUACCAUCUGCCUUUAUUUUUGUGUAAUCGGGCAUUGUGGGUAUCCUGCUGUCAGUGGUUUGUGGGGAUUUCACAGGUUUGGCAAACUCCUUUCUAUUUCUAAUGUUUCUCUGUGGGUGGUUAGACCUUUUCUGAAAGGGCUGACAAGAGUUUUGAUCCUUGUUAGGUUAAUUUAUUUACACAAAAUGUAAAUGUAUGUAUCUUUUGUUGUUGUUGUUGUUGUUAUUUUCUUUCAGGAUAUAAUUUCCAUGUCUUGCCUUUAUUUUGUGCUUUUACUUUUAGAGAAACGAUCUUGUGAUGAGACAUAUUAGUAGUAUCUUAUUUUGUUGAGAAAUGGGAAAUAAUGAAUGGGUGAUGAGAACAUUGUGCGUGGAGAAGCCAAAGAGACCUGCCUUGUUAUUCCUUGUUGCCCUUUGUCCAUGGAGUGGGAUCGGGUUAAGUAUGCCCUGCCCAGUCUGUUUUCUCGCUGUCAUUAUUAGACAGAGACCCUAGAAAUGUAUGCAAUGCUUGAAAAAUUCAUCCCUUUUUCUCAGGAGAUAUUAUAAAUGUACUAUUAUGAGCUCUGCAACAAAAUGCAAGUGAAUGUGAUGGGAGUAUUUAUGAAAUCAUGUUUUACUCUUUUGUUUUAUGCCAUGUUGAUGGACAAUGAUCUCGGCUGGCUGUUGCGUUGCUGACAGCCGCCCGGUCAGGGGCCACUUUAGUGCUUCCUGCUUACGAUGCUUAGAACUAUAAGGCUAGAAGCAUCUCGAUGAAACAGCUUCAUUGUGCUCGCUUGUAAUGGUGACGUUUUUAUGAAUAGUCAUUAUGGACUGCAGUCUGGUCUCAGUUAAUUUCAGUAAAUAAACUAAUGUUCACCCUGAUAGCAGCCAGAUAUAGGAAACACUGUGAGGAGAUGUCAUGAAAGUGAAUUGGGACACGUUGGUUUGAGCAGCACUCUUAAUUCCUUAUGAAGCAGAAGGGGAUUGUUCAGUGGAUCGGCCCAGAUUUCAGUAUUCACCAACAACAAGUGCUCCGAGCAUCUCAUUUGCCAUGUUUUUCUCCCUAUUGCUCUACUGCAUAACAAAUACCAAAUAAUCAGGCAGACCACUGGAUGCAUCUUUACGGUGCUGUGAGCCUAGGCACCACACCAGAGCUUAUGCACUUCCUGUCGUCCAGUGAUGUCACUACCCGUUUAUAAGCCGCUCCCAACCCCUCCUCAUCCGUUUUCAAGUUCCAUGGUCCAGUUGCUGCAUGAAAUCUCCAAAAUCAGUGUGGGUGUUACCUUGAACCAAAUAAAAAACGCUGAAUGACAAACGUAAAAGCUACUGCCGUCCAUUUUCUCCGAGACCUCCACGAAUACGAGAUUGACAGGAAGAAAGAGGGAAAAUAAAAAAUCGAUACACAUACAUCCAUUUGGGGAAAAAAAGAAAUAAAAUUCAGGCUUCGUUCUAUAGGGCACAAACUGCAAAAGCUAAGACUGGACUUUUUAAGAGGCUAUAAAUAAUGUAUUAUAUUAUUUUAACAGCAUGUGUAGUUUUUUUGUAAAUACAGGAUUACUUAAAAAAAGAAAAACUACAGCUAUUAAUCUAACAGUAAAUAUUAAUAACCGUAAAUAGAAUGGCUUCCAGCUGACACCCCUUGUCACACUUGUUAGGCUGUGACGCAUUUGUUAGAUGGAAUAGGUUUUUUCUUUCUUUCGUUCUUUUUUGAUUCACAUUUCACAAAAAAGAGGGAAGUAAGCUAAUCUAUAUUUAAAAAAAACUGAUUGUAAUAAAAACUGUAUAAAUUCAUAUGUGCAUAUACAGAGCUAUAUUACAUAUAUAUUAUAUAUAUAUUCUACCAUUAUAUAUAUAUAUAGUAUAUAUACAUUAGAACAGUGUCUGUAACUCAACUCUCCUGUCCACUCCUUGCAUUGAGGUGAAACCAGAGCCCCAGAGUGUAACUGAUCAUGCUUCUUUCUUUGUGUGGUAUGUUCAGAGAAAUAACCAAAACUCUGGCCUGCCCAGGACUUGUGCAUACUGGGUACCAGCGUACAAUGCAUGGUGUUGUACUGGCUGCUUGCUGAGAAAUGUGGAGCCUGCCUUGGUUAGAGGAUUGCACUACCAGCAUACCCUUUUGUAUAUGUGUGACGAUGUCUUGCCCCUACUUUCCUAUAUUGUAGACACAAGGUUAAACGGAUUCACACACACGCACACUAACACCCUCGCACAUGCGCACACAAACACGCACACACACUCACAGCCUUUUUGCAGGCGACUGCUGGUUAACCCGUGUGCCCCGACUACGAGCCACAGCUCACUCUGUGUGACGAUUUCUUUUGCUUGUUGCAGCUCUAACCCUCCAUGUUUCCCGUUAACACACUGCUGUAGUUUUGGAGCUCACCUUUAAUUUCGCUGUCACUUUCAAUAUGAUAUAAUAAUAAUGAUUUUAAGGGUUAGUUGUCUUAACUGUCUGUGUGUUUGUUUAUGGUGCAAUAUCUCUUAACGGCACGUGCCUUUUUAGCUUUCUAUUUAGUCUGUCGAUAAAUCAGCAAUGAGAAUCUCAACACCCAUCGAAGUGAAUCAAAACGGAGCACGAUAGACGCAAUGUACUGAGUUCGUAAAUAACCUGAACUGAAAAACUCACCACCUAGAUUAGACUGUCUGGACUAACAUCUUGUAGAGUCAUGUAGUAGAAGUGCUCUCUGUGUGUUCUGUUUACUGGCUCUCGAGCUAGCAAAAGAACAGCUUGCCUUUUGUUUUACACUACAGCUCAUUUCCUAAUGUUGGUUUACCAAAUGGUAUAUGAGGCCAUUCUUUUGUAGCAUGACUGAGAUACAUUUCUUUUCUUUGAAACUACUUUAACUGAAAAAAACCCUUUUGACUGUCAUUGUCUCUUGCCACUAAUACAGUCAGAAAGAUAACACGUGUCGCACAACCACAUUGGAAGUUAAAUGAGAAUCAGUGAAAGAAUGUCUUCAUUUGAGCACGAAUCUAUUUCCAAACAAUAAAGCAGCCUUCCAGUUA